AUGUGCAUAGGAAUAGAAUUUUCAGAUGAAAUUGGUGGUGGUGCUGGGGGCGAUAUUGCCAUAGUGCAUGAAAAGUGCCUGACGCCGAGAAGAAAUGGGUGUGGUGGCCACCAAAUAAGCACCAAGUACGAGCAAGUACCGGAUAAGCAGUACGAUAUCGACAGAAACAUGGAUUUGACAAAAAUUAACGAAACAUCAACACUUGCAGGCUUGAAGCCAGCAGUGAAGUUGCGGGAGCUACCUAGCAACGGGCCUCAUCUUAUACUGGGUGCUAAGAUAACAAAGGGGAAAUUCUGGGAGUCAGUGCUGCUAGAGUUGGAGAAAAACGUAGUGUUUCUGCCAGGCCGGGUGACGGAAGGAUUCAAGAUCCAAAUCGACAAAUUUGAAGCAGCCAAGUACACCGUUACGUUUACUGGACUAGAAGAGGGAAAUUUCCAUCCAGCAACAAAAUUUUUAAUUAAGGAAGUUUAA